CCUCGCACGAGCUACACCAUGUGCCCGACCCCGUCUUGCCGUGCUGGCAAGCAGUGGGAUUGGAACUGGCGUAUUAUCAAGAAUGGCGGAGCUUGCUCGGUGUGUGGACAGGUGCAGCAGCUAUACUCUCCGCAGAAGAAGAAGGACAAGCCCAAGGGAGGACCGCCGAAGGGGCCGGGGCCAGCCGUGCCCGCCGCUUCAUCUCCUGCGAUCUUCAGCCCCUGGGGUAAGGCGAAGCUCAUCAACCAGCUUGAGGCCCUCGUGCAGCAAGAUGCAUCGGUUACGGCUUCAGUUCUCGCCAUCAAGCAGGCAGUUGAGACGCCCGCAUUGCCGAGGUCGCGCACACCCUUGGAGCAGCUCCAGUCAACGGAGGCCAAGGCGAAGCAGGCGGCCACCAAUGCACACAACUUUCUCACGGAGAUUUCCAACUUGGAGACGCGCCUCAAGCAGGCGCGCCAGGACUACGAUCAGGCCAUGGAGGAGCUCGUGGACGCUGAGGAGGCCCAUGAGGCUGCGGUCCUGGCCUACAACAAUGUUCGCGGCCAGACGGCUUCUGAGGUCAAGCCCGAGUCUGUGCCCGAUUUCUUGGCAGCAUAUGAAGAUAAGCUCAAGAGCAUUUCGAUUGAGGAGUACGAGGAUGGAGAGGCCAAGGACAAGCUGCAGACGGCCCUCACGGCGAUGGAUGAGGCCAAGGACCAGGCCGCGGCGGUCAUCCACGCCGUCCAGAAGGCCCUCGAGGGGGUCAAGCUGGCUGCAGCGCAGGCGCCCCUCAAGAGGCGGCGCGUGGUGGAGGUGGUGUCUGGCCCAGAGGCGGCGGCUUCGGCAGUCGGCGCUGAGGGUUCGCUGGGCCCAGCCACCAAGGCUGAAGGCGGCGCCGAGGUGGGUGCCGCUACUGGCACCGAGGGAGCCAAGGCGGCGGCCGCGGCAGCAGCCCCAGCAGCAGCCCUGUCGGAUGCUGAGGCCAAGGCCCGAGCCUCCAAGGUCAAGGCUGCACGGGAACGGCUCGAGCAGUCCGCUGCGAAGGCCUGCCCAGUCGCGAGGAGUGAGCUGCGUAGCAUCAGCGACGUCGGAGUUGGCACCUUCGACCUCGGCCUCAGGCAGUCCCCAGCUGGCCCGCUCUUCGGAGAUGGGGGUACGAGCGAGGUACGAGGCAUCGUCAGCUCCGUGGAGGCCGACCCCGUCGACCUCGAGCCCAGGCAUCCUCCAUCUGGCCCGCUCUUCGGGGGUGGAGGCACGUGCGAGCUGCGUGGCAUCUUCAGCGACAGCGGAGUUGUCGUCUCUGGCUGCGGGGUCAGGCAGCCCCCAUCUGGCCCGCUCUACGGGGGUGGGGACACGAGCGAGCUGCGAGGCAUCGUCAGCUCCGCCGAGGUUGGCUCCAUCGACCUCGAGACCAGGCAUCCUCCAUCUGGCCCGCUCUUCGGGGAUGGAGGCACGUGCGAGCUGCGUGGCAUCUUCAGCUCCGCUGGAGUUGGCUCCGUCGGCUCCGAGCACAGGCACCCUCCAUCUGGCCCGCUCCUCGGGGAUGGAGGCAUGUGCGACAUUGGAGUUGGCGUCAUCUACCUCGGUAUCUUGCAACCCCCAUCUGGCCCGCUCUUCGGGGAUGGGGACACGAGCGAGCUGCGUGGCCACGUCAGCUCCGACGGUGGCGCCCCAGUCUACUUCGGGGGGUGGCUGCCUCCAUCUGGCCCGCUCUUCGGGGACGGAGACACGGGCGAGCUGUGUGGCGUCAGUGGUCACGCGGAGGCACCUCAUCGUGCUGGUGCGUCUCUCUUCUUUGCGAAUGUCACGGGAUGGGGGCCCCGCAUCCACAAGUUCGUGGUGGAACAUAAGUGUAAGUACGGCAUGAUGGCGUUUGUGGAGACUCACGUCACCGAGGCGAAGCUCAUUCAUUAUCGUGCCAGUCUGGACGUUGACGGUUGGAAGUUAUCGGCUUGUGCUGCGGUGGGCACGGGUCGGUCCGCUGAGGGCACGAGUGGAGGCGAGUGGGUUUUGGCGCGGUCCCAUCUUGCUACCACGUCCUUCGAUCGGCAGAGGGCCCUGAUGACCAAGGAGCGCCUGAAGGAUCCCUGCCGAGAUGUCCGUGUCACCUGCGACAAGGGUGCGGGGUCGCUCAUUGACUAUGCGGUGGCGUCAGGGUCGGUGGCAGACUUAGUCUCAGUCAAGGGUGUUCUUACUGUUCCUUGGAAGGUCCACUGUGGCCUCCAUGUUGAGGUACAGGGCACGUCGACGGCAUGGUGGCACCGCGCUUUGGUCUUGCCGCGGCCGCUCCCUGGUGUGGAUCGGCCACCGACGGCCCCUGACCCGCAGAGCAAGACCUACCAGCGCAAGCAAGCAGCCCUCCAGAGGCGCAAGGAGGCCUUGCCUCCAGAUCAUCAAGAUGCGUUUUACGAGCUCCACCAGCCCCCUGACCCUCAAGGUUUGACUGGUGAUGUCUUUGAAGUCAGCCUGGAUCGAUGGAACUCUAACUUGCCCGCUGGAGCGGAUGGAGACGGGUGCCCGAAGUACACCUUCACGGCGGAGAUGCGCAUGAUUGGCGAGUCUCCUAUCGUCUCGUGGGCACUCGAGGGGAACGACCAGCUAUCCCAGGACUAUGGCAGGUGGGUCAGCCAGGUUAAGCAGUCCCUCCUUGACCCGAACCUCUCGGCCCUCGAGCGUGCGCCGUACAUUGGCAGAGCCCGAGGGUUUGCAGUUACGUGGAAGAAGUCGGUCUCGUCGCCUGGUCGAG